AAAUAUGCCUAAUUUCGUUUAAGUGAAAAUGGCUGCCGUCAAAACUGAUAUUGAGGUGGGCGAGAACGAAGAUGAUGCCGAAAUUGAGGAAAUUGAAGAUGUAGAGGAGACAAAUAGUACAAAUGAAGUGACUAAAAAAAAGAAAAAGAAAAAAAAGAAGAAGAAACCAGCAGAAAAUGGAAGUGCAGCUAUUGAAAAAGAAAAUAUUGCCGAAAACGGAGAAGCUAACGGAGACAUCGAGAAAGAAGCUGGUGAUGAGGGUGAAAAAAAGAAAAAGAAACGAAACCGGAAAGGGAAAAGUGGGAAGAAUCAACAAACUGACCCUCCAUCAGUACCUAUUGUCGAUCUUUUUCCUGACCAAGUAUUUCCUGAAGGGGAAAUAAUGCAAUAUCCUAUUCUUAAAGAUGACAGAACAGCUAAGGAUCGUUUUACAUCCGAAGAAAAAAAAGCAUUAGAUAGAAUGCACAAUGACAUUUAUAAUGAAGUUCGUCUUGCAGCAGAAGCUCAUAGACAGACAAGGAAGCAUAUUCAAAAAUGGGUAAAACCAGGCAUGACUAUGAUUGAAAUUUGUGAAGAAUUGGAAGGUGUAGCUAGGAAACUUAUAAAAGAAAAUGGACUUCAAGCUGGACUUGCAUUUCCCACAGGAUGUUCAAGAAAUCAUUGUGCUGCCCACUAUACACCAAAUGCAGGAGAUCCAACUGUAUUGGAAUAUGAUGAUGUUGUUAAAAUUGACUUUGGAACACAUAUUAAUGGCAGAAUCAUAGAUUGUGCCUUUACAUUAUCAUUUAAUCCCAAAUAUGAUAAUUUGGUCAAUGCUGUCAAAGAUGCUACCAACACAGGAAUAAAAGCUGCAGGCAUAGAUGUUAAACUGUGUGACAUAGGAGCUGCAAUUCAAGAAGUAAUGGAAUCAUAUGAAUUAGAGCUUGAUGGUAAAACUUACCCCAUCAAAUCAAUACGUAAUUUAAAUGGUCAUUCGAUAUCACCAUACAGAAUCCAUGCAGGCAAAACAGUUCCCAUUGUUAAAGGGGGUGAAGAAACAGUUAUGGAAGAGAAUGAAUUUUAUGCCAUUGAAACCUUUGGUUCUACUGGCAGGGGAGUGGUACAUGAUGACAUGGAAUGUUCACAUUAUAUGAAAAAUUUUGAUACACCUUAUGUUCCUCUCAGAUUAAUGUCCUCAAAAUCAUUACUUAAUGUAAUUAAUAAAAAUUUCGGUACCUUGGCAUUUUGUAAACGUUGGCUGGAUCGUCUUGGAGCAACCAAAUAUCAAAUGGCCUUGAAGGAUUUGUGCGAUAAAGGUAUCGUGGAGGCUUAUCCACCCCUUUGUGAUAUAAAGGGUUGUUACACAGCUCAAUUUGAACACACAAUCAUGCUCAGACCGACCUGUAAAGAAGUUGUAUCACGUGGAGACGAUUAUUAACGUUAUGAAUAGCUUUUGAACAUUUUUUUAUUAACAGGAAUAUUGUCGUGGUUGUCGUUCGAUGCUAGUCUGCUUUAUAAUUCGUUAAUAUUGAACAAUAAUAUUUAAAUAUUACUGAAUUGAUCUUAAUUGUACUAACCAUACCUAAAUUGUAUGUUGUUAAUUAAAUUAGAAAAGUCUAAUUUAUGAACACAAACUAGUUUUGCUAUUAUACUAAAAUGAAUUAUUGAAUAUAAAACCUACUUGCAAUGAGCGACAAUGUAAUUCUAUACUAAAGUGAGUAUUGUUACCUACUGUUUUUAUAUGUUAAUUUUACAGUCAGUUACACCCGUUUUUAUGUCGAUCAAUUCCGAAUAAUUAAAAUUGCCUUAUUACUUCAAUAAUUUACGCGGUUUUAUUAAUUAUGAUUUUUUUUGCUUUAAAUACAUGAUUCAAGCGAA